CCCCCCCUUCCAGAAAAAAUAAACCUAGCCGCUACAAAAUGUCGAAACGCAACGCAACGCUGUCGCAACCGCCGCCAAGACCGCUGAUAAAGCAGCACUCGUGGUCGCCGGACGCGGAUCGAGAAGAGGCUUGGCUUAGGAAGAAAGGGAAAAGACCAUCGGGUCGACUUGGUCGGAGUAAGAGCGUGACGGACGAAGAUCUUGAAGAGCUUAAAGGAUGCAUCGAGCUUGGGUUUGGAUUCGAGCCUGAUUCUCCGGAACUGGAUCCGAGGUUGUCGGAAACUUUACCAGCUUUGGGGUUGUAUUGUGCUGUUAAUAAACAGUAUAGGAGUGGGUUGUCGAGGACUUCGUCGCUUUCUUCGGUUGUGUCGGAAGGGGAAGUUAGUAAUUCGAGUACGACGAUUGUUGAUCAAGGUGAUGAUCCGGAGACGAUGAAGCUGAGGUUGAAGCAAUGGGCUCAGGUGGUUGCUUGUUCGGUGCGACAAUUCUCCGGCGAACCUAAUUUAAUGUUGAAUAAUAAUAAUAAUAAUAAUGAUGAUUAGUGAAUGUUUCUGUGGAAUUAUUGUUUGUUUGUUCUGAUGUGAUUGUACAAAGGAAUGACAGUUUUGAUGAAAUAGCUGUGGUUUUUCUUAGAAAUUCAGAUUUAGAAUCUAAUACUAUGGUUUAACCAAAACUACAAUGAAUUUCAUUUCUUUUGUCGGUGCGAUUUUUAAUUUUCAGUACUUGUUUUUUGUUUUGCUUUGUAUUUGUGAAUUUAAUU